AUGCUCGUCUGGGGCUUUCCCUUUGCCUUUGGUGUCUUCCAGAACUAUUACUCUACAAACCCCCCCUUUGCUGGACAGGCCAACAUUGCCGUCAUCGGUACUUGCGCCAUGGGAAUAAUGUAUCUCUCGGGCCCCAUCGUAAUCGGCCUCCUCCGCCUCUUCCCCCGCCAAGGCCGCUUCUCCCCCAUCUUCGGCCUGCUGAUAAUGUGCAUCGCUCUCGCCAUGUCUUCAUUUUCUCAGACCGUCCCCCACCUCAUCGUGACCCAGGGCAUCUUCUACGCCAUCGGCGGCGCCAUCGCCUAUUGCCCUUGCAUCCUCUACAUGGAUCAGUGGUUCAUCCGUCGUAAGGGCCUCGCCUACGGCGUCAUGUGGUCCGGCACCGGUCUCGCCGGCGUUCUCAUUCCUCUCCUGAUGGAAUACCUCCUCGGGACGAUGGGUUUCCGCAUGGCGCUCCGCCUCUGGUCGGGAUUGCUCUUCGCUCUUACCGCGCCCCUUGCCUUCUUCAUUAAGCCGCGUCUGCCCAUCUCCCAGAUGACGGCCUCGCCGGUGUACUCCCGGCCGUUCAACAACCUACGUUUCGUCCUCGGCAGGCCCUUCGCGCUGCAUCAAAUCGCCAAUAUAGUCGAGGCGUUGGGUUUCUUUCUCCCGGGCAUUUACCUGCCCUUGUACGCCCAGAGCACGCUCAACGCCUCGGCUUUCCCGUCGGCGCUGACCAUCAUGCUCGUCAACGUCGCCUCCGUGUUCGGGUGCAUCGCCAUGGGGUACCUGGUCGACCGCUUCUCGGCGCCGUCGUGCCUGAUGCUCGCCAGUGUGGGCGCCACCCUGGGGACCUUUCUUAUCUGGGGCUUCUCGUCGAGCCUGGGCGUCUUGUACCUCUUUUGCGUCAUCUACGGACUGUUCGCCGGCGCCUACACUUCGGCCUGGCCCGGUAUUAUGAAGCAGGUCACGGAAUACGAACGUGAGAAGGAGCGCGGUGUUGACCCGAGCAUGGUUUUCGGUAUGUUGGCCGCCGGACGCGGUGUUGGCAACGUCAUCUCUGGGCCUUUGAGCGAAGCUCUGAUCAAGGGCUUCCCGUGGAGAGGCGAGGCGGCGCAUGGAUAUGGCAGUGGUUAUGGAACGUUGAUUGUCUUUACGGGAGUGACUGCCCUCAUGGGAGGCGCUACUUUUGUCUGGAAGAGAAUUGGGUGGAUGUAA